CCCUUAUCUUCGCGCCAGACGCUGCGGGCUGGUGGCCUUUCCGCUACGCUUGCUCUACGUUCCGCGUAUUCGCGUCUGCGCCGCCGCCGCCAUGCCUGGAGGGCUCCUGCUCGGAGACGAGGUUCCCAACUUCGAGGCCAACACCACCAUCGGCCGCAUCCGGUUCCACGACUACCUGGGAGACUCAUGGGGCAUUCUCUUCUCCCACCCCCGGGACUUCACACCCGUGUGCACCACAGAGCUGGGCAGAGCAGCCAAGCUGGCCCCAGAGUUCGCCAAGAGGAACGUGAAGCUGAUCGCCCUGUCUAUUGACAGUGUGGAGGACCAUCUUGCUUGGAGCAAGGACAUCAAUGCUUACAACUGUGAGGAGCCUACAGAGAAGCUGCCUUUCCCCAUCAUUGAUGACAGGAACCGGGACCUGGCCAUCCUCCUCGGUAUGCUGGACCCAGCAGAGAAGGACGAGAAGGGCAUGCCUGUGACAGCUCGUGUGGUUUUCGUUUUUGGGCCUGACAAGAAGCUGAAACUCUCCAUCCUUUAUCCAGCCACCACUGGCAGGAACUUCGACGAGAUUCUCAGAGUCGUGGUCUCCCUGCAGCUGACCGCAGAGAAGAGGGUGGCCACCCCUGCCGACUGGAAAAUCGGAGAUAGUGUGAUGGUCCUUCCAACCAUCCCCGAAGAGGAAGCCAAGAAGCUCUUCCCAAAAGGCGUCUUCACCAAAGAGCUGCCUUCAGGCAAGAAGUACCUUCGCUACACGCCCCAGCCCUAGGCCUUGGAUGAGCUGGGCCCCCAGCUCCCCAACACACAGUGUGUUCCUGGACACAGGUUCCUGUGAGCCUCAAGGGCCUGGUGGACAGAUCCAGCCCACCACACACUGACUCUCAGGAAUUGGUUGGGUCUGUUAUUUUUUUUUCUUUUCUUUUCUAAUCAAAUCUUCUCUCUGCUCCCCAUUUUGGGGAGCAGCAGAAGUGGACCUGUUGAUUCCUGGGUAGAUGUCUAAGUAUUAAUCCUGAGCAUCUUCUCUACUUGUGGCAAAGGAAACCUCUCCACUCUGCUCCUUGUCAGUAGAUGAGGAACUGGGCUGCGUGUUCCGAGGUGAAGGAUCCGGCGGCAUGCUCUAAAAGAAAGCAUUUCCAUGAGUUCCCUUCAGGGGAGGUGAUGAGGUAUGAGUGGUGCCGUGCACCUUGGCCCUGGACCUGGGAGAGGUCAGGAGGGUUGAACGUGUACUGUAGAAGCAGCUGGCAGGGGCAAGUGUGCACUCUCUGAACAUGGCUUCUUGAAGAUCAGCAAAUAAAUCCUUUGGUAGAA